UUAUAAAAAUCAAUGAAAGCUGACAGAUGUUGCAAUGGAAAUAGACACUUUUGAUGAUAAUUUUACAUUCAGUACGCCACAAGAUUGGUCAAGGCGUCCAAGAUUAGACAGUCGCAUGUCAGUUUGCUUGCCAAGUAAAGGUUUAUUUAAUGCACCAGGAGAAAACAAUUGCUUUUUGAAUGCUAGUGUCCAGGUUUUAUGGCAUCUGAAUGUGUUUCGAAGAAGCUUUAGGUUAUUAGAGGGGCAUGCUUGUUUGGAAGAUGCUUGUAUAUUUUGUGCUCUUAAGAGAAUAUUUCAACAAUUCCAAGACAGUGAUGCAGCAGUUCUGGCUCCCGACGGAUUACGUCAAGCUAUGGCUAAUGCAUUUAGUGAUGACCAGCGUUUCCAACUGGGAAGAAUGGAUGAUGCUGCUGAAUGCUUUGAGAACAUAUUAAACCGACUGCAUAGCCACACAGCGAUUGACGAACCAGACGAUGCAUGUGCAGCAAAACACUGCAUUCCUCAUCAAAAGUUUGCUCUCCAUAUACUUGAGCAGACUUUUUGCAAGUGUCAAGCAAGUGGUGAACCGAAGUCUUUUUAUCAGUUUGUGUACUAUGUUGCUGCUUCAGUUAUUGUAGAUCAAAUGAAAAAUGAUGAUGGUGAGAGUUUAACAUUUGGGCAGGUCUUAAAAUCAACAGUGUCUGGGGAAUCAAGACCAUGUCCGGAUGAACGACGAUGUUACUACAAGAACGCCCCAGAUUCAAUGACAACAGUACAAACAACUCUGCUUAACUGUCCCGAUGUUGUGACUGUUGGUAUUAUAUGGAACACAGACAGUCCAAGUGCGAGUUAUAUAACUGAUGUGUUGGAUUGUAUUGGUCAGAGUUUGUAUUUGAUAGAUCUGUUUGAUAACAUUCCUGACAAUGAAUACAGACGUUUAGAACUGAAGUUGGCUGGUGUUGUUUCAUAUUAUGGUCGACAUUAUACUUCGUUCUUUUACAACGCAAGAGAGGAACAGUGGGUGUAUUUUGACGACGCACGCGUGAAGAAGAUUGGAAGUAAGUGGGAACACGUGGUCUCAAAAUGUCGCCGCAAUCGAUUCCAACCAUUGCUGGUUGUUUAUACAAACUCUUCAGGUGUGCCCAUCGACGCAGCUAACGCACCAUCUUUAGUGGAAAUCGUGUCAAAAGAAAAACUUCUGUACAAACCACAGAAGUCACCAACGCAUCGUAAACAAAAACAUCGUAAACAUAAGAAAAACAGGUCGCGCACAAGCUCGCCCAGUUUGAGCCCCACUGAUGGGGUGGAGAGAUCUUUCUCCAGGAGUUCAGGUGCUUCGAUGUCGCCCAGAAGUCCUAAAAAGCAUAAAACGAAAAGAGAAGGACAACGCCCUGUCGAAGUAACAGACGACACUUCUGUUUUUGAAAACCACUUAUCAAGUAAGAUGACACGAACAGGUAUUCAUGGAAGCCUGUCAGACAACUCCAUUGUGGAUUCGACUAGAAACGGUCAGACCUUUGAAUACUCAAAGACUGGUAGUUCCCUCGAAAACUCUUUCGACGAAAUAGACAAUUUAACUAAGAAACGGUCAGGUUCUAUUAAGAAAAAGUUUAGCAAUGCUAUGAAGAAUAUAAACCCUCUGGGUAAAAAACCGAUAGUUAAGAACGUUAACGCGAAACUUUCCGACAGUUACGAUAAGAUAUCGCACUCGAACUCUCUAAACGAUAUAUGUUAUGCCGACAUUGGGUUUAACUCGCCCUACCAAACGCGAAAUGAACCUCAAAGUUCGGACAAUGCCCCGACGAAACAACUUGAAAAUCUGUCAAUACAUCAAGCCAUGCUAAAUCGUAGCAGAGAUGAUCUGACCAAGACUGAAAACAUGUCCACCGAUAUGGAAAAGGACUAUAAAUACGUCGAAGAAAAUCGAGACAAACAUAAUGGUUACCAUGUAAACGACGUUAACAGCAGACCUGUGCAAUCAGCUGAUCAAGUUAUAGAGAAUUACCAAAAAACUGACGCAAACGAUUUUCUGCAAUAUGAGCGAGAAAAUUCUAAUAGAGCGAAUGCGCCAGUGAAAGAUGAUGAUUUAAUUCACUUCAACAGCAGACCUCAAGUUGUUACUCUCACACAGCCACCAAGUUACGAAAAUCAUUUGAAAGGUGAAUUUGAGAAGCUUCUUUACGCAGGCGAGCGUUUGAUGAACGAUUCAUACGCUUAUGAACGCGAAGGAGACAUUCUGCGUGCGCUGCACAUAUGCUCAGAAGCCACAGCUGCAUAUCGUGAAGCCAGCCGGUUACCUGGUAUUAGCAAAAGUCUUCUUGACUUUGUCGACGACCAACGUUCAAACAGUUAUUUGCGCUCAAAAUUAUUACAAGAGAAAGCAGAUAAAGUCAUUAAAGGAGGAGUUACUCCCAAUGCUAGCAGCAUACACUCCUCCACAAUUUCGUCUUCGCAACACGAAGACGUGUCAGGUUCUGUGCAAUCGUACAAGACUAACGACGAAAGUGAUUUACGUAAUGUGCCAACAUACGACAGCAAGAAGUCACCCAACAUGUCAUGGUAUGAAAACAAACAUGGAUCGGUGACUUCGGCAGCAAGACAAAGCCCGCCGAAUCUAAUUGAAUUUAGUCCGGAAAAAAGAUCGUUUGAUAGUCGGGAAAAGGGUACGAAAAACCUGCCACAGUACUCUCAACCACCAAACUACCGCGAAUUAGAAGAAAUAAAAGGCGUUAUCAGUAGUUUUAACAGCGCCGCUUCUCAUGUAGACGAGUCACGGAAUGCGGAGAAUCUAGGUACUAGUUUUCCAAGACCAACUGUGGAAUGGGUUACAGAUAAACCAAAUAACUCUUCCCAAUACAAAAUUAAUAAAAUCACUCAGUUAAGAAACUCACAGUCGAUGAAGCAACCCGUCCGACAACCGAUUUUAAAUGUGCAAACUUUACGUCAACCGAAGUCGUCUGGACAUGAUCUAAGGGAAUCCAUUCAACAAAACCCAAGACUGUACAAUCCUUAUUACAUGCAAACAUUACCCAACAAAAUGUUAUCCGCUAGAUCAAAGCUUAAAAACGAAAGGGCAAGGAGCAUUUACGAUAACGUUGAGAGCGAUACAAGUAUUCAAUACGACAAUAGGUUAAAUAAUAACGAGCGUGAGUUGCGCUUUACUGAUGUUUCGAAGAAUAACGAAAAUAUGAAGAAAACGAUAUACGAUGAUAACGUAUCCAUACCUGCAUGGUUUAAAAAAGGCACGGAGCAAACAAGAACGCGGAAUUUGAUAGAUAGACUAAAUAAUGAAGAGAUUCUCGAUUCAGUGAUUAAAAAGCCGGUUUCGGAUACGCUGCAAAAAAUAAAAACGCAAGGCAAGCGAAUGAAGUGCAUUCAAUGCGGAUGGAGGCUUGUUGAGGUGGAGGGGAAAUGUUGUACGGCAUGUCAGUCUGAAUUUUUGUAACGAAAGAUUUGCAUAAACAUUUUCUCGAUCUGGAAACAAAUAUUUUAGAAUUUUUUUCUAGGAUUUUGCACUCCCGUCAAUACUCAAUGUUUAGUAAAAAUGAGAAGAGAGUAAAAGUAGUAUCCUUUUCGUACUAAUUUGCGCGAAAAUUUAAAAACCGCGAAAUUGAUUAUUUUUCUCUACGCGAAAGUUAAUAUACGCGAAAAUUAGUACGAAUAAGGGAAUUUAGAAAUUACAAUAUUAAUUCUCACAUCUACUGACGUAACUAAAUAUGAAAUUAGAUAAAUAUAAAAUCUUAGGUUAAAAAGAUUGUUGAAAGAUCAUAAGAAGCACAAACGAAAAAAAUCACGCCAAAAUUUCUAAAGCAAAACACAAAGCUGUUACAUUCUUCUUGGAUUAUGUAAAGCUUGCCGUUGCUUCUAGCAGUAGACCAAGCAAGUUGAAUAUCUGUUGUAGCUAAAAUCGUGGUUUAAAUUAUUUCUAUAAAGGCUCGCGUGUCUGUAUAUUUAGACAACACAGAACAAAAAUCUUCGUAAUGCAUACUGAGAGAUUUUACUAAGUUGACAUAAUUUUUUUCUCCACAAAGAUUUGUGGAGGGAAGGGCUUAUUUUAGUGAAGAUGGAAAAAACGAAGAAAAAGUUUUUAGAAAGCUUUUUCUUACUAUUUUUACACUUUUCUAAGUUGCGGAAAAUAUAGAUUUUUAAAAUUCAACUUCACGCCACGCUUUAUACUGUCCUGUUCCAAUUUGAUUUUGUGAUUCCUCUACUUUUUAUUGCGAAUUUUUUAGAAUCGCUGCAUAGUAGUGUAUACGUUUUUUUACAGUUAAAUACAUAUAUAUAUUUAUAUUUAUAAAAUACAAUUAGUAAAUUAUUUCCACUAGCUUUUUAAUUAAAGUUUUUUUCGCUGUUAUUUUGUAAAUAUGUAUAAAUACCCAACAAAAGGGAAAAUGUUUUACGAUACUUUUUGAUUCUUUCAACACACUACUCUGUUAUACACAGAUUAUAUUAUCUACAAUCUUCCUUAAAAGCGCCCUAAAAUACACUCCUAAAAACUAUGUUCUGUAUUUUAUAUAACCUGUGUUUAUUUUUUAAUUAGUUGGAACAAAUCAUGUGAUUUGCUAUUAUGUUCUAAUUUACCGUGACGGGUUUUAAUAUCACAAAAGGUAAAAGUAAUGCUUCGUUAAAAAUUAAAGUGCGGGAAAAUUCACGAGCAAACAUCGAUGUUGUUGUCGAUUUCUUUUAAAACGUUUUAUUUGCGUUUUAGACUAUGUUCACACAUUGCGGAUAGGUUUCAUUCCGGAAUCGUUUUGUUCCGGAAUGACGUGUGAACAUGUUUUUUGGAAAACAGAGGAGCGGAAUCAUUUC